ACAAAAAAACUGACUUGCCAUGAGUAUAAGCCAGCCACAACUACAUCACCACCGACUCUCUCCUCCCUCUCUCUCUCUCUCUCUUCACUCUGCACUUGUAGUAGUGCAGAUCCAAGGCUGCAAUCAGCCAAGCAAAAUCUGCAAGAAGAAAUGGGUUUUUGUUUCGGAUCUAUAUCCAAACUCACUACUUGCGCCAUUGUGGUCCUGUUCUUGCUUUCAUCCUUCGGCUUUACUUCCACAGAUGCUUUCGAUGCUCUUGAUCCAAACGGAAACAUCACAAUUAAGUGGGAUCUCAUAAGCUGGACUCCUGAUGGUUAUGUUGCUGUAGUUACAAUGUUCAACUUCCAGCAAUACCGUCACAUUCAAACUCCAGGAUGGUCACUAGGAUGGACAUGGGCAAAGAAGGAGGUGAUAUGGAGCAUGGUGGGAGGCCAAACCACAGAGCAAGGAGAUUGUUCGAAAUUCAAAGGGAACAUUCCACAUUGCUGUAAGAAGGAUCCAACAGUUGUGGACUUGUUGCCAGGAACUCCUUACAACCAGCAGAUCGCAAAUUGCUGCAAGGGGGGAGUAAUUAACUCAUGGGUGCAAGAUCCAUCCAAUGCUGCGAGCUCAUUCCAGAUUAGUGUUGGUGGAGCUGGAACUACUAACAAAACAGUGAGGGUGCCCAAGACCUUGACCUUGAAAGCACCAGGGCCAGGUUAUACUUGUGGUCCGGCAAAAGUUGGCAAACCCACCAAAUUUGUUACCCAAAAUGUAAGGAAAGUCACACAAGCUAUGAUGACUUGGAAUGUUACGUGCACAUAUUCGCAAUUUCUGGCUCAGAAAACUCCUACUUGCUGUGUUUCACUCUCAUCCUUCUACAACAACACAAUUGUACCCUGCCCGACAUGCACCUGUGGCUGUCAAAACAACAAUACUCAGCCGCCUCAAGCACCGCCUACGGCGUCGAGAGAAUUUCGUGAUUUCAUCAAUUGUUGUUUGCAGAGAGCUCCAUCCAAGAGAUGGACCAUACCUGUGGCUACCUACCAUAUUCGGCAGAGCAGCAGCAGACAAGAUGGGCUAUAUCUCCUGAGAAAACAAUUUUCAAGAAGGAACAAUUUUCAUCCUCAUCAUCAUGUAACCAUCUCUCUCUCUCUUAAGGAGAAUAAAGAAGAAAAGAGAAAACAAAACAGGAACCACACACUGUUUUGCACACGCACUCUUGUUCCCCACUCAUAUUUUUUUAUAUUUCUUUUACUCCUCCUUUUGACAAGGACACGAACCACACACUGUUUUGCACACCCAUCAUCUUUUUUUUCCCUUAGUGGUAGGACCCGCCAACACCUUUGAAUCUCCCCUUUUCUUUUUUUUUUUAUUUUUUAUUACUUUAACCUUCCGAAAUUUUUCUUCACCUUUAUCCCACACUUCAUUUUAUUUAUUAUUAUUAUUCUUAUUUU